AGCGAGCGACUGAUGUUUUCAACCUCCCAGCUGUUCCCACAACCUCUCCACGUGCUGUUGUUGACCCUGACUCAUUAACAACAACAACCCCCCUACCUGGGUCACAGUUCCCUCACCUCUACCUGUGCCUCAACUUUCCAGCUGUACCUCGUCUCUCCAACUGUGCCUCGACUCUGCAGCUGUGCCUCGACUCUCCAACUGUGCCUUAACAAUUAAGCUCUAUGCCACAUCCUUGGUGUAAAAGAGCCCACCCAACAUCAUCAUUGCAGGAUUUCACCUUAGCUUAGUCUUAGAGAGACCAGCUAUCUGGAGAUAUAAUGGAGGAAGAGCCAACAUCCUCAGACACUGUUAAUAAGGAAAUUGUGAUCGCUCCAAAGAAAGAAAGAAAAAUUUUCCGACCUCGAAAUGUUGUGAAAGGCAUUCCAACUGAGAUAGAAAAUGACCCAAAACUUAAGCUAGCUAUGGACAUUUUGCCCCAAAAUUAUAAUUUUGAAAUACCUAAAACUAUUUGGAGAAUCAGACAAGCUGAGUCAAAACAUGUUGCUUUACAAUUUCCAGAGGGUUUAUUGUUAUUUGCUACAACAAUUGCUGAUAUAAUAGAGUCAUGGACAGGAGCAGAAAUUACAAUAAUGGGAGAUGUAACGUACGGAGGUUGUUGUAUUGAUGACUUUACUGCACGAGCCGUUGGUGCAGACUUCAUGGUUCACUAUGGUCAUUCGUGCCUUGUCCCAAUAGAUCAAACUGGCUCCAUUCCAUGCCUGUAUGUGUUUGUUGAUAUUCAGUUUGAUAUAGUGCAUCUUUCAGAUACUAUUAAGGCAGUUUUUCCCUUGUCUGUACCAUUAGCUUUAGUGUCAAUUAUACAGUUUGUCAGUUCACUCCAAAAAAUUGCCAGUGAUCUCAAAAGUUGCGGAUACACAGUAUGUGUCCCACAGUGUCGGCCCUUAUCUCCAGGAGAGGUUCUUGGCUGUACUUCACCACCUGUUCCAGAAGGUCAUACUAUCAUUUGUCUUGGUGAUGGUCGAUUCCAUCUAGAGUCAAUAAUGAUUUCAAAUCCAGAAGUUCCAACAUAUUUGUACAAUCCUUACUCCAAGGUUCUGUCCAGAGAAUAUUAUGAUCAACCACUGAUGAAGAAAAUUCGUAAAGAUGCCAUUGAUAUAGCAAGCAAGGCUAAAAAAUGGGGAUUAAUAUUAGGAACUCUUGGCAGACAGGGUAACACCAAAGUUCUUGAAAACCUUCAGAAGCAGUUGAAAACGGCAGGGAAAGACUUCGUAGUUGUUCUUCUGUCCGAGAUAUUCCCAGCAAAGCUAGCAGCCAUGGGCGAUAUUGAAACAUGGGUGCAAGUGGCAUGCCCACGUCUUUCUAUCGACUGGGGUGCUUCUUUCCCUCGGCCAUUAUUAAACCCAUAUGAAGCAACUGUGGCUCUCAGACAUGCUGAAUGGCAUGCUCAACAUUACCCAAUGGACUUUUAUGCCAAUGAGAGCUUGGGAGAGUGGACACCUAAUCACAAACCACCUUGCCCUUGUGGUUUUACUCGGAGCACUGGUUGUAAAGGAUUAAAGUGCAAGAGUGUACAGAAUCAUUAAUUGAUUGGCAUGUACCCUACAAGUACAAUUGGAUGUAGAGAAUUAUAAUUAUAUUAAACCUAUAAAGGUUAA